AUGGCAUCAGCCGAGCUGCGCUCUGAAUUGGAGACCUGCCUUAAAAGCCUUAAUAUCGAAGCUGUCUCGGUUGAACAUCCAGAGGUGUUCACUGUUGAGGAGAUGAUGCCCCACGUGCAACAUCUGAGCGGCGCUAUUACCAAGAACCUCUUUUUGAAAGACAAAAAGAAAAAGGGCUUAUGGCUCGUGUCCGUUCGUCAUGACCGUCAAGUUAACCUCAAUGAUCUGGCUAAAAAGCUGGGUGUGGGCAGUGGGAACCUGCGCUUUGCUGAAGAGGCAGCCAUGCUGGAGAAACUCAAGGUGGGCCAAGGCUGUGCCACAGCCCUGGCGCUUUUCUGCGAUAAAGACCAGAGCGUCAAGUUCGUCCUGGAUAGUGACUUAGUCAACGGUGGUCACGAAAGAGUUUAUUUUCACCCAAUGACCAAUGCAGCAACAAUGGGACUGAAACCGGAUGAUUUCUUGAAGUUUUUGAAAGAGACAGGGCAUGAACCAAUUCUUCAGACAUUUGAUUAGACACAACAAUGUGCCUUGAAAUACUGUACUUUCUAUUUGCCAACCGUUCUUUCUUUUUAUAAAACCAACAAAAGCAGUGGUCAGAAAUGUAUAAAACCAUAGCUAGAACAAUUGUGGUUGCAUGCAGAUUGAAGUACUUGGAUUCUGGGGAAAUUGGAACACUAAGUCCUAUGACCUAUGUCAUAUUGACCCGUGUUCAUCCUGUUACAUAUUAUAUGGGGGACAAUCAUAUGCAUAUGUCCCUCAAUAGGUGCUGGGACAGAGGCAAUAAACUUUCCAGUACUACUGUACUGAAUAUAUGAACAUUUUUAAAUGUGCAGGCCUCUCCUUCUGAGCC